CUGAGCCAUGAAUCUCCUGAACUCUUCUAAUCCAUAAUCCAUCUCUCACCGUUCGCCCACCACCCAUUUAGAAGCACCGCCUUCAGUCACUCCUUCGAAAUCGGAUACCUCUCGUCGUUCUCUUGUUCUCUUCGUCUGUCACUCUUCCUUCAACUCCCAUCUCACUCACACCCCCAACACACCCACCAACACAACUCCAAACCUUCAACACCCCAGUUUUACCAUCAACCAUGUUUAAGCUUAAGUUCCUCGCUACGCUUUUCAUUGUGGGUCUUGCGACUCGCGUGUCAUCCGCGACCCCUCCCGCUUGUAUUCUCGCUUGCGUCAACGAGGAGAAGUCGGUCAGCGACAUCAAGGCAGUCUGCGCCGCCGAGUCCGCCCAGGAAUGUCUUGCCGAUAGUUGCGACAGCGGCGAUUACAGUACUGCUCGCACCUACUUCGAGAAUAUCUGCAAGACUGGCGGUUAUGAAGUCGCUAAAGCUGUUUCUGCUACCGCCAGCGGUACUGCUAAGCCUACUGCCAGCAGCGGAGCUUCUUCUACUCUUGCUCUGCCGAGGGUGCCGGCAAUCGCAUUAUCGGCAAUACUCCUCUAUACGUUGGCUUGACUGCGAUGGCCAUCUUCGUCCUUGGCUAAGGCACCAUACCUCCUAAGUCCCUUUCUUGCGGCGGCAGAAUACCACCAUCGCGUGUACAGCAUUCUUCACUGGUGAUAUUGGGCAGCAUGGGUAAAGGUUAGCAUAAUAGCAGGUUCGGAUAGAGGUUGUCUUCAGUGCGUUUGAGAAUAGAGGUGUUUCUAAGGCGGG